GUUUAAUCAACCUAUAGUAUGAGAAGCCGCCGCAGCCUCGGUAUUUAAUACGUCAGGAUGUCGACCCUUGCGGUUCGCCACACGAGGUAAAGGUCGUACGCGUAUAAGUAGGAAACAGAAAAGAUUUUCGAAACAGAAAGUAGCGGCUGAGAAAAUUGAUUGGUAUGGAGAGAAGUACCGGGCGGAGGUACGAAGACGAGACAACUGAACAGCCAGUAGAUUAUAGUAAAAAGUAUCGGGAAAGAAAAACAGGAGGUGAAAAUCAUUCGAUUGAGAAUUCAACCCGAACCGUUCGAUCUUGCAAGAAAGAAUACAGGGAACGCGACUCCAAAGUAGAUUUAUUUGGAGAUUAUGCCGAAACGGAUCUCGAUCAACCGACAGAUUACAGCUUAAGAUAUGCCGAGGACGAUACGGACGACGAUGAGAAACAGAGCCCUGAAUAUUUUCCAGGCAGCGUACAGGAAGACACUAUAAAAACAUAUUGUACGGAGGGAACUCCGUAUGAGACACCUUUCAAUUUUUCUACCGCCACUUCCAUGUCCGACUUACGUCUUGAAGAUACAAAAGAAUCUGUGGAUUCGCAGAAGAAACAUAAUAAGAAAGUCCAUGAUCAUGGUCGCAAGGAAGAUCUGUGCUUUGAGCGUGCUCUGUCUUUGAAUUGUAACGAAGAGCAAUCUCUUCUCGUUGAGAAAGAGUUGAAAACAUCCAAAACUUCUCAGACUCGCAAGCCUAGCUGCCCUUCCCCUGAGAAGUUGAUUAAUUACUAUCAAGCAGGGACACCGGAUGGUUUCUCACGUGCCAAUUCUCUUAAUUCUCUUAGUAGCGCCACGACGCAAAGGAACAAUGUCACUGGAAUCAUUUCUAAAGUAUCGUCCACAGAUUCUUCGGAGAAAGCUGAUAAUGUGUCAGACAGAGCAGAGCGUAGCGGAAUUGCUUCUAAUAUGAAUGGAUUACGUAUAUCGGAUGAAACUGAUAGUCCCAUAGAAGGAAAAAGUAACACUAGAGUCGUAGAUAAAGAAGGCAAGAUGGUCACAUUUAGUAGACAAGAUUAUUAUGCAGAGCAAACUCCAUUGAUGUUUUCACGUUGCAGCUCUCUUGGUUCAUUGAGUGGGUUUGAACAGCAUUCGAUACAUGAUGAUCGCAGUUCCGUCAUAAGUGAUUUUAGUCGCAGGACUAGUGGUGUUGUGUCUCCAAGCGAAUUACCAGAUUCACCAACACAAACUGUUCCUCUGAGUCCUCGUGAUCAUAAGAGUCAGUGUACGGAUUUCAUAAGCAAAAUACCAGAAGAAGCAGUAAGACCGUCGGUUCGACAUUUAUCAUAUUCAAAGUGUCCCGUACCAAGAGGCAGUGUUUUUGAAGAUGACAUCGCCACCUUUAAAGAAGAGUCAACACCCAUUGAAUUCUCUACGGCCACUAGCCUCAGUUCUCUCACUAUUGAUGAUGAAUUGAAGAUUACAAACAGCUCCAAAAUAGAGAACGAUUUGAAGAAAAACUCGAAUGAUCUUGAGAAAGAUGUUAAAGAAACUUCGUCGGUAGAAAAGACAAAUAACGUUGAAACUGAGAAGGAUCAAGAGCAAGUCAGCGACGGUGACGAAGAUGACGAAGAUAUGUUGGCUGCAUGCAUCAGUAUGGGUAUACAAAAUAACAGGUAUAGACAGUCUUUCAAAACAUCAACUGUACAGAAAUCCGUACAACCUGAAUCGUCCAACAUGCUAGGCCGGUGUCAAAGAGCACCUGCUCUGAACAGAUUGGAAUCCAGCAUUCCUGUCACCUCGGUUGACACUCCGGCAACAGCUGCUAAAACAAAUAAAACUGGUAUAGAAGUUGUUGCCGCUCCGGACACUGUGCACGUGUAUUGCACAGAAGACACCCCAGCGGAUAUUUCUCCUGUAGGCUCGCAGUCGAACCUUUCAGCAUUGUCUAUGCCAAGCGUUCAGGAGGACGUUGAGAAAAUUGAGGAAGCCAAACCUUCCAGUGAAGUUGAAUGCCAGAGAAAUGAUCUUUCAGACGAGAGCUCCAAUCUUUCCGGAGAGGAUGAAAAAAUACUUCAUGAAUGUAUUCAGUCGGGAAUACCAAAGGUUCGUCAGAUAACGCCUCCGCUAACGAGCUGCAUCCCUUUUGCACAGAAGACAGAAGCUGUGUCACAGAGAUUCAACAUAUGCGGUACACCAUCAUCUUCUCCCGUAGAAAGUGGUAACAGAAACCCUGCUCUUCGUAAACCUCUCUGCCGUACAUCGUUGGAGAAUGAUAACGAGCUUUCCGAUGACAGUCCUAAUCAUUCGGAUGACGAAGCUAUCUUGAGCGAGUGCAUAAGAGCAGCAAUGCCCAAGGUUAGGUUGAACAUUUCAUCACUGAUAUCACAGUCAUUGCCACAAACUAUGGACAAGUCGAAGGUGACGAAUUCGGCAAAGGUGUCUUCCUCGACCGCGUCAUAUCGCCACCCAGAGUAUAAAGAAAAGAAGCAUCAGCCGAAGAAGCCUGUAACGUUCGAGGAUAACCUGAGUCUCUCAGAAGAGGAGGAAGAUAUUAUCUUGGCUCAGUGUAUUAAAUCAGGCAUGCCAAAGGCACUGAACGGUUCAUUGAACUCGUCUUUAACUCAUGGACGACGGGUCGCUGGGACAGCAUCGCGCGGAGUGGCGUCUGGCUCAUUUUUAACUCCUACCGCGCUCUCCUCUGAACGUGCUCCUAUAUAGACGGUUUUUCCUAUCUAUCAUUUCUUCUCUUUAUUUCAAGGAAUAUAUUGCAAGGGGUAACGGGAACCGUAGUAUUCUUUAUACGUAGUUCAGCGAGUUCCCUCAGCAAAUGCCUAGAGGCAAGUGUCAUCUGAAAGGAACGAAGAGCAUGGAAGAUCGUAAUGCAGUAAUCAAGGACAAUUAUUUUGAUGUAUAGUUGGAAUUUAUACGUUUGCAGGGCCUAGAAGGAAUAAGGAGAAUUGUUACAUAAUUGUUCUACGCGUUAGCUGUUGAAAGACUGAAUACUUUUUUAUGAUAAUUGAGUGGAAUGGAAUGAUGGAGAUUGUGUGCUUGAUAGAGCGAAUAUAGCGAUUGUCUAGAGUCGGUAGUUGAGGGAUCAACUUGGAUUUUGAUAUUUUUUUUUUAGAUAAUAGGAUUUUACAUUCAACAACAAUGAAUUUAAUUCUUAUACCUAAUAAGGAUAUAGCAUUUUAUACUAUUUUAUUUGAUCCGAAGGUUAAAAAAUCUGUGCAAUAUGUUUAUCCAUACACGAGCCAUUGAUGCUUUAGCUUAUACUUAUUUGAACUAUACAGGGUAUCUCAUAACUCCUGUAACACCCGGAAAUGGGGGAUUGCUGGGGUGAUUCUGAACAACUUUUUCCUUUACCAAAAUGUUGGUUGAAGCUUCGUUUUUGAAUUAUUAACGAAAAAGCACUAGCCAAUAGGAGGGCGCGUAGAGCGCGCACCUAACCUCGGGAGCGUUGGCUCUGAAACGCGCUCGGACGUGAACAAACGCAGUGGCAUAGCGUGGGUAUCGAGAGAAUCUUGCGACAAAUGUUACAAUAUCAAUCAUAGUGUCCAUUCGUCUAGUGAAAAAGCACUGAUUUUGGAGUACAAGUUUAACCGUAGCAAAUAUCAUAAAUCUAAUUAUUUAAUAAAAGCGUUAAAUAAUUAACAUAAUCAUCUGAUAAAACCUUUAGAAAAUUCAAUAAUUUAUUUGAAAUUACAAAAUACACUAGACGAACGGACAGUAUGAUUGAUAUUGUACAGUAUCAAUCAUAGUGUCGGUUCGUCUAGUGAAAAAGCACUAAAGGGGAAGGUGCCCCUACCAUCUUACGUGAACGAGGAGUCACGCGCGAGCGCGCAGCCAUUAUGCCUCAUUCGCAUGUGGUGGAAGGGGCACCUUCCCCCUCAGUGCUUUUUCACUGACAUUAUGAUUGAUAUUAUACAUCGUCUUAAAUUAAGAACAAUGUGGAAUUAGUCGCACGUUUCCCUAGAUACCCUCGCUGUGCCAAUGCGUUUGUUCACGACCGAGCGCGGUUCAGAGCCAACGCUCUCGUGCUUGAGCGUGCGCUCUGAUUGGCCAGAGUUUUUCGUUACUAAUUCAAAAACGAAGCUUCAACCAACAUUUUGGUAAAGGAAAAAGUUGUUCAGAAUCACCCCCGCAAUCGCCCAUUUCCAGCUGUUAAGGGAGUUAUGAGACACCCUGUAGAUAUCUUCGUUUAGUUCUGUAGUAUAAGCGUGAGGAAUAAUGUGCCUUAACCUCUUUGUCAUUGCGUUAAUAUUAUGAUGAAGAACCCUAAUCGAAUACUCCUAUUAUAUAAUAUUUGCUCCAUCAUAUCUUUGCUAAAUUCAUUUCUUGUUAUUAGAAAACUAUACUGCGGACUGUUUAAACAUAUUGUAUAGCGAGGAGCUAGGUAAUCCGGAAUUCAAAAGUAGAUAUAUACACUACUUUCUGAAAUAUUUGAAGAAAACUGUUAUCUUGUUUCUUCUAGUUUUUUAUAUGCGACAUUUUUUUAGGGUUAGCACCGAAAGGGUUACCCUGUUUCUUUAGAGAAUAGUAGUGAUGGCUAGAACUGCUACUUGUGAAUCACGAGUGAUUCGAUCACGUUCGUUCCUAAUCACGAUCAUUUUUCACAGUGAUUCGUGAUUUUUCAUGCUCUCUUCUGAUUGGUCGAAAGUAAAAACCGUAAUUAACUGGUAACUUUUGACUAGCCAAAACUUAUGACUAACUGAACGUUCUUUGCACAUUAUGCUCGGAUAUUUCUACAGGGUGUCCAACGACUACGCCAACAAAAUGUUGUUUGAAGCUUCGUUUUUGAAUUAUUAAGGAAAAACACUGGCCAAUCCGAGCGCGCGGGCUCAGGGACGGCAGCGUCACGGGCUUCGCCUAGGUACCGAACGAACCCUCUGAUUGGCCAGUGUUUUUUGUUAAUAACUCGAAGCCUUAAUCAACAUUUUGGCAAAGGAAAAAGUUGUUUAGAAUCACCUUGUCAAUCAUCCCUCUUCGGUUGUUGACCUAGUCGUUGGACACCCUGUAUACAAGCUAUAUUGAAGCAUUUUAUAAAAAAAUAGUUGAGUCAAGAUUAAGAAUUACGAAGAGCAAUUAUCCAACGAUCGUGAUUUAACUCCAUUCUACGAUCACUGUGAUAAAUCACCGUUAGUGAUUUUGCAUGCCAUCUCUAGGGAAUAAACUGUUGAACUUGUAGAA